AUGAUCACCAACAGAGUCGAAAUCUACACAGCAAUUGACGAACAACCAACAAGACAUCGACUCCAGCACUUUCCGGAAGAACAACAACAAGAGAGAUUCUCAAUGAUGCAACCCAAUCCCCUUGAUGUGCUCUGCGGCAAGUCCAGAACAUGUGUCAACUCUCCUGGAAGCAUUCGCUUCCGCAGUAUCAUCGACGCUUAUGCCGAUCAGUAUGCUAAAGCCACAAGCAAAGUCGAGAAAAUGAAUAUCACAAAGCAAAUCUACGAUGAAGUUUCCGAAACGUCUCGAUUUCUCAAGUUCAAUGAGGUUGAUCAAACUUGGGAAGAGAUCAGCACCAUGGCAGCAAGAGACAAAGUCUCUCAUGCUCUCCGCUUCGCCACUAGAGCAACCCGACGGGUAAAACAGACCACCACCAAACGGUCAACUUCUUGGUCUUCCGCAUCAUCCUCCGAAAGCAACGGGAGGGACUCGAUUGUCCAACAAAUUAUGCAGUCAUCGGGUACAACAGUGCCAUCCACUUCGCUAGAACCAUCGCCUCUUUCUCCUUUGAAGACCACUGGAACCGAUAAGCAAGAAAACAAUCAAUUUGAAAUGUGCAGCGAUGCAACUGUUCGAGACACGUUGCUGCUAUUGCAAGAAGCACAGGCUUUGAUGGCCACAACCAGCCUCCUCAAUCAGUUGCCAUACAACAAGAUUCAACAACAAGCUAAAGAAGAAAAUCUCAUGGAACCGGAACCAAAGAAAGAAGCCGUGAACAACGGCGACUUGACGACUCUCCUGAGUGAGCCCAUUGGCGAAUGGGAGGAUGCUUUUGAGGCCUCCGAUGCCCGAUUGUUCAAAUAG